GUUAAAAAUUAUAAAAGGAAAUUUUGGAUAUCUGUGGCUAAUAUUUCUGGCAAAGUAAAUUUUGUAAACAUUGUUUUCUUACAGUAAAUAUUUACAAUAUUAUUAGGAAUUUAUCUAGUUCCUCAACUUCGACACUAUCAAUUUUGUUAUUUUUUAAGAGAGUGAAGACAUAUAACGCGAUGAGACUUAAUUCACUUAAAAGAAUCUCAAUUGUAUUAUGAUUUAUAACUAUGUAACAGCAUCGAUAUAAUAUAAUACACUAGUUAACUAUGUAGUUCUAACUUCUAAUCAUGGAGUGAGUAGGGAUCCAUCAGAUUUGGUGUCAAGAAAAAUCAAUUGAGUAAAUGCGUAAACAGUAGUCGAUGCGCAGUACAUCACUUCAUGGAUAAGUAGCUUUAUUAAAUUAGUUACAAAUUAAAUUUUAGUUUGAAUAGGGGCUAGGUACUGUUUAAGAACAUCGAGUUACAAGUAAUAUUUGCAAGAUAAAUAAUGUUAAAUAUCUUGGAGAUUUUAAUUUUUGCCUCAGAGAAAGCGGCGCGAAUAGCUCGGUCUUGUGCCAUUAAUGACGACUCUAUCCUAAUAGCUGAGAAAAGUAAUGAUGCUAAUCCUAGAUUUGAUAAAGAUUUCAAAACUAUUGCUGAUGUAUUAGCCCAAGAAGCGGCCAAAUCAUUGAUAGUGUCGUAUAUACCCGAGCUUAAGGAUUAUGUACGGGGUGAAGAAUGCUCAGACAUUGGUGGUGUUUCAGUUUCCUUGAAAGAAACCUUACAAGAAACAAUUGAUUUACUUAAAAUAAUUUUACCUGAAGAUACAGCUAAAUGUAUGGCUGAAGCAGCUCACAGUGAUAUAGAUAAUAUGGAAUCUGAAAUUAUUCCUAAUAUAGGACCAAUUGACUAUUCAGAUUUAGGGGUCUGGAUUGAUCCAAUUGAUGGUACAGCAGAGUUUAUUUCUGGAGUCCGUGGAGAAGCUAAACCUGGUCAUGGUCUUCAGUGUGUCACAGUUCUUAUAGGGGCAUAUAAAAGAUCUACUGGAGAGCCUGUUGUUGGUGUGAUUAAUCAGCCAUUUUACAAUAAUGGCACAGGAAGGGUUAUCUGGGGUAUAAAUUAUGGUGACAUUAAAUUAUGUUCUCAUGAAAAAAGUACUUCAUCAAGAAAAAUUAUUUUAAUGAGCAGUGCUGAAAACGAAAAUGUAAUAAGCAAGUUUAAGGAUUUAGGUUGGGAGAUACAAUCUGUGCCAGGAGCAGGUCAUAAGCUGCUCAAAAUUGCAUUAGGUGAAGCCACAGCGUACAUUGUUUCAAAGGGAACAACAUUUAGAUGGGAUACAUGUGGACCACAUAGCAUUUUAUCAUCAUUGGGCGGUGACAUAAUAAACUUCACAGAUUUUGCUCUUGUAAAAUAUAAUGAUCCUGAUAAUUUGGAUACUCAAAUGUACUGCAAUACGCAUGGAAUUAUAGCAUUUUUAAAUCAACAUGUAUGUAAUGAAAUUCAAGAAGUUUUAAAAGAAUUUGUCUAAUUAUAUUUCACAUUCUUUCUAAUUUUAGUAUUUGCACAUGUUUUUAUUCCCGUUUUAUGGUAAAUUAUUUUUUUGCAACUAGCUUAGCAUAAAUUUCUUCAAACACAUUUUUUCAAGUAUUCCAAAUUCAUAAAUAUAUUAUGUGAAAGUUAGUUUAAUAACAAAUAACUGGGGUUUUAACUGGUUAUUUUUUAUUAAUUACAAAUUAUGUUUCAUAUAAUUGCUAAAUUUUGAAUUUAUAGAAUUUGUACCUGAUAAUUAAUAAAAUCUACUUUAUGAAAAUUUUAAAUAUAUGUCAUGUUGUUUGUGAUAUUAUUGAGUAUUAUGUCCAAUAAAUGUUAUAGAAUUUAUACAUGUUAAUUAAAAUUAAAAUAUUU